AAAUGUUCAAGCUCAAUGAUCUUCACUUGUUUCAUCGCGACUUGCCCAGACUCAGGCAAAGUUGUGUCUAUGCGGCUACUCGAAUGUGAGAAGCAUCGGAGCACGGCGUUCCGUUCAAGUCUCAAGCCUUCCAAUUCAUUAGCUGCGUGUGUCACUCGAGCUGAAAUGCAGAACUGGGCGUCCACUUUGGAAUGUUUCUCCUCGGACUCCACGGAUUGGGAAAUCAUUGAGGCGCUAUAUUCAUCCCAGACUUCCGACUAAAUGACAACAUGGAUUGCCAUUCGCCC